AUGGCCGAAGACAAUCCAGCGCCACAUCUCCUCACAAUCCCACGCGAACUUCGGAAUAACAUAUACGCAUACCUUCAUCAUGAGUUUAGUUUAUGGUGGGAUUGGAGCAAAGGGCAAGAUCAUCCCCAGGGCCACAUCGUCAAUCAAAUCGCUGUGCGAUUCCACAACGCACCCUGCAGCAGUGUAAUUCGCACACACUCUCGCCUAUGCGACGAAUAUAUCAAAUCUGCGCCCAUCCAGGAUCUCUCGGCCACGAUUGAAGUGUGUCCUUCUAUAUAUGUGAAUGUGGGCGGCGAUAAGGACGCUGACGUCGACACUUUCGCGAAACGGGUAACCGGUGCCUUCGAACACCUCAGGAAAACAACAAUUUUUCUCACUUAUAUCGACACAAUAUCCAGGGACUAUGUACCUGGUGCUGAGAUGUGGGCUAGCAUCGAGAGGCUCAUCGGAGUAAUCAAAAGCAAAGCACCGCACUUAUCAACUAUUCGGGUCGCCUUCAGACACAACUCAGGUCCCGAACUGGCCCGCCCUGAGCAAAAGUAUGAUGCCUUUGCUACCGCUGAUUUCCUACCCGGGCCGCCGGAUAGUCUUGUCGAGUUCCCGCUAGUACAGCGUGCAGAAGGCUAUCACGUAUUGUGUCAAAAACGCGGUUCAUCGACCAGGAACACGGUGAUCAAGUAUGGCGCAUAUGUUUUCAGUUUGGCGCUCAUUAAACCUCACUACUUCACAUCGAAAGAUAUUGCAGGAAAGUGGAUCUUUGGGGAUGAUGGACCAGUGUGGAGGGAGAAGCGAGGCGAGGAAGAUGCGAAGAAGUGGUUUUGA